GUGUUGCUCCCUCCGUCACGUUUCCCAGCAGAAAGGCAGAAGUACUUGGUCUAACUAGUCUUGCCUGUUGCUCUGUGUUUUCUCAUCUCUCUGGGCUUGUAGGUGUUUCUGCGUGCUGAUAUGGCCAUUUCUAUUUCUGUCCAGUGCCUCGGACUCAUAAUACUCGCUGCAAUCCUCCUUCAGACCAUCGCGGUUGCUGUCAGCUUUAUAUACUUCAACAAGGUCCUUAACACGAUGCAGGAGAGUUUUUCCCGGAGCAGUGUGUCGUGUUUGAUAAAUGAGAAGUUGCAAUCAGGGUUCGAGGAUCCACCGGCUGAGAACAAAAAGAGCGACCCCUGUUGGCAGGUCACGCAGCAGCUCCACUACCACAUAGAGAAGAAGAUUGCUGACAGAUUCCAGACGGAGAUAUCUACUGCUAUGAGAAAUAAGCUGACUGGAGUGUUGCCUAUGUUGCGCCCUGGGGUCCGAGGGGUCCCUCUUCCUAAAGUUGCUGCCCACGUGACAGGUGUUUCCUCAUCAACAAAUCCUCCAUCGGCAGAGCGCUUGCAGAGCAGCAGGGGGUACUUUGGGGAGCGCAUCAGAGCGUGGGAUGGUCAGAGAGGUCUAUCCUUCUUACAGAACAUGGAGCUGAGGGGAGGCGAGCUGCUCGUGCCCAGGGCAGGCCUCUACUACAUCUAUGCCCAGACUUAUUUCAGACUUUAUGCCACGGAGGAGACAGAUGGGGAAGCACAGGAGGAGGGUGCUGAGCUCAUUCAGUACAUCUAUAAAAAGAUGAGUUCCUACACUGGGCCCAUCUUGCUGAUGAAAUCAUCCCGAAGCGCCUGCUGGCCCCGGGGUCCGGAGCCAGGCGUCUUCUCUCUGCAUCAGGCCGGCACUGCCUUCCUACAACCUGCUGAUCGCCUCUUCAUCACUGUCAGUAACGCCAGCGCCAUGGAGAUGGACGGGAGGGCGAGCUACUUUGGUGCUUUCCUGGUGGGCUAAAGGAGAUGUUAAGGACCAAAAUGGAAAAAUCACAAGGUGGACCCAAGUGUGAGGGGUUUGCUUAAAAGCAUGGGUGGCUGUUCUUAAGCCACAAGAUUGGAGGAUAAGAAAAGAACUGUGAAGCUGAAGGGCUGUGGUCAAACUAAGCUGCAGUGGCCCAGAACAGCAAGAACGAAGAGGCAUUUAUUUUGUGUGCAUAUACUGCAGUAAUGAACUGUGGUCACAUUUAAACCUCACACAGGUUUGCAAACUGAAUGUAGUCGACAAAAGGGACUGUGUGCUGCAUUUGGAGAAGUUCAGUAACUACAGACUAAAUAUUAUGAAUGCUCUGUUGAGAGCAGUGAAACUAUCAGAAGUUGUCCUUACCAGCUAAUGACAGUAUUGGACACGUUUUUGUAAAAAUGUGAAUUCAACAUACCAGGUGACAAGAUCUCACAUGUUUAAUAUAGUAAAUUAAAUGAAGAUUCAUA